AAUAGAAGACACCACUGUUACAGCCCGGCCUCCGAGCUCUGUCAUGGCGGCGUCCAGUUUUCGAGCUAGUGUGAAGGAACGGAAUGUUAGGGUUUUUAUUAGCAAGACAGGCGGGUUUGGACGACCCUCUUCGCCUCCGGAGAGCGGAGUCCACACGGAGGGUUUUGGGACUGGAGUUAAACAAAGACAGAGAUGUUGAAAGGAUCCAUGGCAGUGGAGUUAACACCCUUGACAUUGAACCUGUUGAAGCAAGAUACAUGUUAUCAGGUGGUUCAGAUGGUGUGAUUGUACUUUAUGAUCUUGAGAACUCCAGCAGACAACCUUAUUACACAUGUAAAGCAGUGUGUUCCGUUGGCAGAAGCCAUCCUGAUGUUCACAAAUACAGUGUGGAGACUGUACAGUGGUAUCCUCAUGACACCGGCAUGUUUACAUCAAGCUCCUUUGAUAAAACUCUGAAAGUGUGGGAUACAAAUACAUUACAAACUGCAGAUAUAUUUAAUUUUGAAGAAACCGUUUAUAGUCAUCAUAUGUCUCCAGUUGCCACCAAACACUGUUUGGUAGCAGUUGGUACUAGAGGGCCCAAAGUACAACUUUGUGACUUAAAGUCUGGAUCCUGUUCCCACAUUUUACAGGGUCACAGACAAGAAAUAUUGGCAGUUUCCUGGUCACCUCGUUGUGAAUAUGUCUUGGCAACUGCAAGUGCUGACAGUAGAGUAAAAUUAUGGGAUGUGAGAAGAGCAUCAGGAUGUUUAAUUACUCUUGAUCAGCAUAAUGGAAAAAAGUCACAAGCUGUUGAAUCAGCAAACACUGCUCAUAAUGGGAAAGUUAAUGGCUUGUGUUUUACAAGUGAUGGGCUUCAUCUCCUUACUGUUGGUACAGAUAAUCGAAUGAGGCUUUGGAAUAGUUCCAAUGGAGAAAACACACUAGUAAACUAUGGAAAAGUUAAUAAUGACAGCAGAAAAGGAUUGAAAUUCACUGUCUCCUGUGGCUGCAGUUCAGAAUUUGUUUUUGUACCAUAUGGUAGCACUAUUGCUGUUUAUACAAUUUACUCAGGAGAACAGAUAACUAUGCUUAAGGGACAUUAUAAAAGUGUUGACUGCUGUGUAUUCCACUCUAAUUUCCAGGAACUUUAUAGUGGUAGCAGAGACUGCAAUAUACUUGCUUGGGUACCAUCCUUAUAUGAACCAGUUCCUGAUGAUGAUGAGCCUACAACCAAAUCACAGAUAAAUCCAGCAUUUGAAGAUGCGUGGAGCAGCAGUGAUGAGGAAGGAUGAUUCUCAAUCCUGAGUACCUUUGUGUCUCUUUUGAUGAAA